AUGGAUUACGACUGCACCAAGAAAUUAAACGGAUCUGAGGAGAUAACCCGACCGAACGAUGUCCAGAGACAACGCCAAUGCAAGAAGCAAGUGUUAACUAUGGUCCUGGUAUCUUUGGUCCUAUCAGUCAUGACCUUCGCAACCAUACGUCUCAUUGCCGUCCUCAAUAAUGACAUCCGGAGCCCCAUCCACCCAAACUCCGGGAACCCCUCUAAUAUUUUCGGUGACUGCGGUACCACUCCUACGGAAGCCCGAGAUCAGCAUUGCUUGUUUGAUGCAAUGAGUUUCUCAUGGCUCCCAUCAGCAUGUUACGACGAAGAACUGGUCAACCAGUUUCUACAGCUGCGAAAUUGGACCUGGUCGAGAGACCGAGAAGGCCUGGAUUCAGUGUCUAGCGAGGAAGUACUCCAGGGAGAUAUUACGGAGCUAUUUGUCACACAUGAGUAUCACUUCUUCCAUUGUACGUAUCAAUGGCGCAAGAUGCACCGUGGCAUUGAGAGGGGGGUUAUCGACACAUAUAUAGCGGAUUAUGGCCAUACAGAGCACUGUGAACAUAUGCUUGCCAUGAACCUAGCAUUCGAUAGUGUUGAUACUGUGAUUCGGAUGAAAUUUCCCAAGUGUCAAGUGGUUGCAGGGGCAAGGGGCAGACGAGAAUAA